AUGAUGACGGCGGCGGGUCCGUUAAAAGCGUUAAGCAGCAGAUCCAGGAGCUUCCGCAGACGCAACAGGGAGGAGGAGGUCAAGAUGUGCAUAGUAUGCCUGAUUCUUCGAUGCUUGAUACAUCGUCUUCGUUUGGGUCGACUUCGUCUUCUCCUUUGCCGGCGAAUCUUCCGCCGAUUCGUGUACACAUGGAGGAAGCGGGUGGGGUUAAGGGGGGUGCAGGAUCAGAGGAUGGGGAUAGAAGAGCAGUCCGAGAGAUUCAACGUUGGGAGUAAGCAGCAGGUGAAUCAGAAGGAGGAUGGAUUCGCGGCGAUCUCUUCUCCGCCGCCGUUGCAUGUGACGAUCUCUCUUCCCGCUGCUGCGGCGACUGUACCAAAUGAGUUCCAGACGAGAGUUUUCUGAUGAUGAGAGAUCUGAUCACGGUGUCCCGGCUGGAUACAGGAAGCCUCCGACUCCAUGUUCUCAGCCGCAGAAUCUACCGCCUCAGCAGGUUCAUCAUGUGACGAAUUUCGUAAUUUUCAGAUGUAGAUCUGAGUGAAGAAGAUGAUUAUCAUUUAUUGACGAAGAGGUGGGUCAAUUGAUUUACAAUCUCUUUGAGAAGUGGAAAAGUUGAA